AUGAAUAAUAACGAUGAUAAAAAUAAAGAUCCUUUACUGUAAGUGACUACUGUACCCAAGAUUUUUCAACAUCCAUUGUUUUUGCUACAGUGAGAGUUCACACGAGGAUGAUGAAUGGCUGGCGAAAUUGAAGCGCAAUGAUAUUGUGCAAAAACAAUGUUUUUCGGAGGACACCAAGUUUUUGACGGCUUAUUUGGACAGCUCGAGAUUGGUGGCUGAUGCGUUUGCAUCUUGUUUUAUUGUGAGCUUUGGGUAGAUCAAAAAAUGUUGGAUCUUCAGCCUAAGCUAAGAUCUUAAUCUAAGUCUGACUUGAUCGAAGAUGAACCUAAGCUAAGCUAAGGUCUCAAUCUAAGUUAAGCUAAGGUCUAAACCUACUGCUUCGUUUUUUUAGCUAAAUUCUUGAGCUGAAGUCUUAAUCCAAGCUAAGAUCUUAACCUGAGUUAAGAUAAGUUCAGUCUUGAUUGAAGCUAAACCUUUGGUUUUAAGCUAAGGUCUUAACCGAACAUAAGUUAGCCUAAGUCUGGUCUUUAUCAAAUCUGAAACUUGUAGAAAUUCUCCCUCAACUCAAUUUGAUUUAGAGCAAUCGAACAUUUCGAAAAGAAAAAAUCACACCUGCCAUCGACGCCAAAUUGAUAAUUUCGAGCACAUGGAAAGAGUUGGCAAAAAGUCUGGUGGACCUGAAAUUGAUCGGAAAACAACUAGAAGACGAAGUCGGAAAAAUGACGGAAAUCUGCUUGAAUAUGUCGAAUGCCGAGGAAAAUAUGCUGAAAAUGAAUCGCGAUAAGAAGAAGAAUCACACGCAGAUUUUCGAUGCGGCCAUCGAGUAUCGAAAGAAGAUGGCAGUGCUGGAUGAGGCGUGUUCGAAAUCGUUGGCGAAAUGUAAUCGACGAAGAAGACGUGUUGAGAAUGCGCAUAUUUUGCUGGAUUUGAGAGAUCAGGGGAAGAAGUAAGUGUGGUGUACUGUAGUUUUGCAUGUCUGCAAACACCGCGAUUUUUUUGCAGAUACAACGCGGCAGUCGAAAAACUCGACAGCGACAGUUUCGAAUUAUUCAAAUUCCACGCAAUGCUCUUCAGCUACAUUCCACAUCAUUAUAAACAUUGCAAAGAGGUAUUUAGCCUAACUUCAAUUCCAACUUCAACCAAAAAAACGAAUUUCAGAUUCUCUCAAGCUUCAGUCAAGUCACCAAAUUACGCAAAGAAGUUUGUAGAGGUGCGCGAGUUGAGAAAGAGGGAGAAAAGCCGGAAAAAUCGGAGACACCGUCGAAAUUGUCGAGAGAAAAAGAUUGA